CAAUUUUGACAUUUGGUAGUUGUUAAUUUUGAGAAAAGUUUCGCGAAAUUGGAGCAAAUUUUCAAUUUACUUUAAUUAGUCUAGUGAGAAAAGUUAUAGUUAUUUGUAUUCAAAACAAAUUGUAUUGGAAGCACGUGUUUUAAUUAUUGCUAUGGUUGUGUUCACGUGUGGUCAUUGUGGGGAAUCUGUACAAAAGCCCAAGGUUGAGAAACAUUAUUUAACGAAAUGCAGAAAUAGAAACCCUAAUCUGUCAUGCAUGGACUGUUUUAAAGACUUUCUGGGGCAUGACUAUGAGGCACACAUUAAAUGUGUAACUGAAGAGGAGCGCUAUUCAGGAAAAGGAUUUGUUUCCAAGGAGAAGAAGGGCGAGAAGAAACAAAAUGCAUGGGUGGAAAUGUUACAAGGAGUCCUAGAAGAACAAAAAACUGCAUCUAAAAAUGUACUAAGGAUCAUUGAAACUAUCAGCAAACACAACAACACACCUCGCAAGAAACCCAAAUUCAUCAACUUUGUCAAAAAUGUAUGUGGAAAUAAAACAAAUCCCAAAGACAUUGAUCAGGCUUGGGACCUGAUAUCUGUCAAACUUUCUGCCUUAUCCAAUGCUAAUAAUAGAAACCAAAAUAAACCGAAUGAUGCACCUGCUACAGAUAAAUCAGAAGAAAAUGGUGGUGAUGAUGAGCAGAAAUCUGAGAAAGAGAAUGGAGUACCAAACAAUGAAGAAGAGCAGAAUGGUGAUGACAAACAACAGAAUGGAGUUGAUGAUGAACAGCAAAAUGGAGACACAGAACAAGUUGAUAAGAAGAAAUUGACCAAAAAGCAAAGAAAGGAAGAGAAAAAACACAAGAAAUAUGAAGCUGAACUCCAAAGUGCUGGAGUACCACAUUCCGAAGAUGUAGAGGAAGAGGAGACAGAAAACAAGAAAGGCAAGAAAAAGAAGACUAAAUCUGAAUCUGCCAAUGGUGAUGAAGAUAACCAAUCUGAUGGUAAAAAUAAGAACAAAAAACGCAAGAGACAAGACACUGUGAAUAGUGUUAAUGGACAACAGGAGGCUGCAGACAUCACAGAUGAGAACAAACCUAUCGAGCCUGUAGCACCUGCUACUGGGAAGACACAGAAAAAGAAAAUAAAGAUGGACGAAGAUGAAGAAGCAGACGAAAGCAUCUGUCUCCAUGACCAAAAUGUCGCCAAAAUCGGUGAAUUAGCUGUAACUAGUGACAAGUUCAACUGGCAUGCAGUUAUCAUAUCCCUCUUAGAGAAAAAAGGUGAAUUACCUUUCAAAAGAUUGCAAAAGAAGGUUCUUGGAGAGUACAGUGAGGCGACUGGCCGAGACGUCGACGACCGAAUCGCCGACAAGUUUAUAAAAAAAUUGAAGAGCGCGCCAAACGUCAGAGUUGAUAAGAACAGAGUCCUCCUUAUUGACUGAAAGAUAUUAAUUUUAUUUUGUACUCAACACCACACUUUGGGAGAUAUGUACAAGAAUAAUAAGUUUAAAUAUUGUUAAGAUUUUGUGAGAUUUGGUAUUGAUAAGACCUUCCAGUGAACAAUAUGCCUUAAUUAAUGCCAUAUAUAGUUGCAUAAUAAAAUUAGUUUAUUGCCUGUUAUUUGUUAUAAUUGAAACAUUAUAUUGAAAAGGCAUAUCCAAAUACAAAAUGAAUUGUUAGAUGUAAUGUGUUCCCCUUAUCUUGCCAAAGUGUGGAGCCAAAUUGAUACCAUUUUAAAUUAGUUUUCUACUUGUGACUGUAGCUAGAGUCAAAAUAACUGAUAUUUUAUAUACUUUAGUUUCAAUAUUAUUCUGUAUGAAGCAAUAAUAACGAAUGUUCUUACUUUCAAA